AUGGCCCGGUUGUGGACGUUAGCGGCACUAAAUCUCAUAUAUUGUGCAGGUAGGUAUACUGUAGCAUGACUUGUCAUCAAAUUACUGUAAUCGGGUUGGUCGAAAAGUUUAUAGUAUACCUUUUAAGUUAAAUUCCGGUUCUUAAAACUUACUUUUUUAUUUACUUGUAGACCAAAUUGACCUCUCGAUAAAUAACGUAAACCACAGUGUGACAUUUUUUUAGUACUCACACAUUCACAGUCAACGCCGGUGAUUGGCGGAGCGUGUAAGCUGGGCUCAGCAGAUGUUAAUAUUGGAGGAAAACAGACCCAGUUCUACUUGCAUUGUGAAGUAGAAGAGUAAGUCUUGCUUUGCUUACUACUGUAACUCCAUUCUUUAUUGUACAAUUUAUACACGAUCUUGCUAUUUUGCACUCCUGCUAGCUAUUAUUAACAAUAUGUUUCAGUCCGUCCAGAGAUACGGGGAUUUGGGUAGUAAAAACCAAAGGAAAACCCCAAGAGACCAGGACAUUACCGUAUGCCGAGCCAACAGUAAGCCUACCGUAUCAACAGCCUCCGAAAAAACAAGAAAAACUACCAUUAAGCCCCAUUGUUUGUGGUAAGGAGUACCACAAAGCGUAAAUAUAUUGUUUUAGAACAGAUACAAGCCCAAGAGAGUGGAUACUGUAACAUUCCCGAGACCUGUCUCCAGUCCAAUCCAGAAGACCAAAACAGCUACUUACAGUGUAAUCCAGUGUAAGUUCAAGCUUGGCAUACUUACUUUUUAUUACUUUAAACAAAACCGGUCCAAAAGUCUUUGGAAGUUUUUAAAAUUAUUUUCCUAUUUAGUCAGUAAGCUGGUGACUAUUCUGUCUAAACAUCCUAAUCAAGAUUAUUAAUUCUUUAUCUUACAGUACCCGGAAGUGGACCAAGAAGUUUUGUCAGCAAGGUUUCUGGUUCAGCUUCGAGCACCAAUCCUGUGUAGCCCACGCCUUCGGAGGAAACAAAGGUCUACGUCAACAUUCUCGCAAGGCCCCAGCCCCAAUGCACCAGUAUCCCUCCAGUGGAGGCCUCGUCUGUACAUACUCUCAAUGUUCUCCAUCCAACCCUUGUUCUACUGGCAGCUGUAACAACGGUUACUGUUGUUCGGCCGCCGGAAGUGGAGCCUUGAUGGGGGUACCAGUGUCCAGUAAGCCUCACCGUCCUACUAAGAAUGGCAUCCCUGAACAUACUAACCGUUUUUCAAAGCAUACUAACCCCCAUAACCUUAAUAUUAACCAUGAACUCGCUCUCCACAAGCCUAAACCCAUUAACAAAGAGUUUCCGCGGAGUAUCCAGGAGCUCAGUAAACAUGACCUACCCCACAGUAAACAUGAGAUAUCUCACAGUGGUAACACCGUAUACCACUCUCUUCUAACCCAUCCCCAGAACGAUUGGAACGAGAAUACCCUGCCCGCCGAGUUCUCGGCCCUCAACUCGAUGUUGGUCAAGGCGACCGGCGAUGGUGGUAAGCAAAGACAUUAUACUCAGUUUCUGAAGGUUGCAGCUAGUUGCGCGGCUGGAUUCACGAGCACCAUCUCCUGCGCAGGCCGAGCCAAGUGCCCGCCCGGCCUGUUCUGCGACAAUCACAUCCUGAUGUGCUGUCCCAUGUUGUUGCCGCUGAAGGAAGUGAUGCCGACCACCACGUCCAAACCCGUCACCACCACUUCCAAGACCCACAUCGUGCAUCACCACUACCCCCGAAGACUGUUGAGCAGCGACGUGAAACGCCCUCCCCACUCUUACCCUGACCAACAUAACUCUCACAUGUCCAAUUACCACAGUUUCAAACGACCCAGUUAGUGUUUGUUGUGCUUAACUUGUCUUUCAGAGAGGGCGGUAGUAAUAUUACCUUGUUUUAGUGUCAUCAUUCCCUUGUCCAAGGUGUAAUCAGUUCUAUAGUUACGGUAAGUUUGGGAAGGUAGUGUACUAGCACCUGGUUAUGCACUGUGCAAACUUUAGUAUUACGCACAAUAUCAUUGUUUAUAUUGAAGACUUUGCACUUUGUACAUACUCAUUAUGCAAUCGUACUAUCUAUGCACAUAUUUGGUUAAUUUUGCACAUCUUAAUUGCACUAAUAUCACGUUUAGACUGUCCCAAUGGGGCCUCACCCUAUGGCACAUGUAGUCGUGGAACCUGUGCCACCGGCUACCAAUGCAUUCCCAGCACCAACUUGUGUUGUCCCACCGCUGCACCAAUCAGAACUUGUUUGUUUUUCUCUCACCCACUAGUAUAGAUGUUGUUUUAAGUGCUUGAACUUCUGACCUCUAUCUCUCUUCAGAUUCCUCUUGUCCUGCGGGUUCGAGUGGAGCCGGAGCUUGUGUUAGUGGUCAAUGUGGUCCCGGCUACUCCUGUAACUCUAACAACGUGUGCUGUGCUCAAGUAGUACCAGCCACCGUCUGUCCAGAUGGUACGCAAGCAGCUGGAGCUUGUGUCAACAACAUGUGUGGCGUCGGUUUCACGUGUAACCAGGGAUUGUGCUGCACCAACACUUCACAGACACCCAGAUGUCUGGAUGGAAGUCAGGCUAUCGGAGCUUGCAUGCAAGGAAAAUGUGGAAGUGGCUACACUUGCACCACUGGUAACAUCUGUUGUCCAUCUACCUUGAACUGUGAGUUUUUACCUGAUAACUUAAAUAACUUGAGUUAAAACAUACCUGUAAAACCAGAAUAAUUUAAAAAAUAAAAAUGAUAUUGUAAUUCAGCGUGUCCAAACGGCCAACAAUCGAUCGGAACUUGUGUGAACGGAAGAUGUCCGGAUGGCUACGCCUGUAUCAACAACCAAUGCUGUGGACCUCCACCUAACAACGCCAACUCUCAAGCCACCUGUGUCGAAGCAGACUCGAAUGGUCCUUGUGGUGCUGAUGGUAACUGUCCGGAGCCCGGUUAUCUCUGUGACACGGCCAACAACUGGUGCUGUCCCCAAACGAUGGGUAGUGCUGUUGGUCCUUGUAUUGCUGGUGCUGGAGGUACCCGAUUGUGUCCCGAAGGCUACGCCUGUUCUGGUCCUGGAGUUGGCAACUGUUUCCGACUGAACACUGGCACUUGUGCACCAGAAGACCAGUUCGGUCCAUGUGGAGCCAACAACCAAUGUCCUCCCAACUACACCUGCUACGGAGGAUUCUGUUGUCGGAACGGCACAUUCCGACGAAAAAAACGGUCGUCGUUCCUAGUGGACUAUUUUAAUAACUAA